CUCUGGUCUCCACCAGCUACCAUGGACUGGAAAACACUGCAGGCGCUGCUCAGCGGGGUCAACAAAUACUCCACAGCUUUUGGCCGCAUCUGGCUCUCUGUGGUCUUCGUCUUCCGUGUGCUGGUCUAUGUGGUGGCAGCUGAGCGCGUGUGGGGAGAUGAGCAGAAGGACUUUGACUGCAACACGCGGCAGCCGGGCUGCACCAAUGUCUGCUAUGACCAAUUUUUCCCCAUCUCCCACAUCCGACUCUGGGCCCUGCAGCUCAUCUUUGUCACUUGCCCUUCCCUCUUGGUCAUCAUGCACGUGGCCUACCGGGAGGACCGGGAGAAGAAGAACCGGGAGAAGAAUGGGGAGAAUUGCCCCAGGCUCUACAGCAACACGGGCAAGAAGCAUGGCGGGCUGUGGUGGACCUACCUGCUCAGCCUCUUCUUCAAGCUUAUCAUAGAGAUCCUGUUCCUCUACCUCCUCCACAAGAUAUGGGACAGCUUUGACUUGCCACGGCUGGUCAAGUGCUCCAACGUGGACCCCUGCCCCAACAUUGUAGACUGCUACAUUGCUCGGCCAACCGAGAAAAGAGUCUUCACGUACUUUAUGGUCGGGGCCUCAGCCAUCUGCAUCAUCCUUACGGUCUGUGAGAUCUUCUACCUCAUCUUCAAGCGGGUUGUCCGGAGUGCACGGAAGUGGAAGAAGUCCACCAAGCGCUCUGUCAGCUACAGCAAGGCCUCCACCUGCCGGUGCCACCUCAAGACGGAGGAGAAGGACAAGUCCCAGACGAGGUGGGUGGCAGCCCUGUGGGCUUUGGCUCCCAACCUGACUGCUGUCUGA